UUCACAAAUGAGGAGAGUGAUCUCUGGUUCGAGUUGUUCUUCUCUCUGUAGCUUCGUGUCCUUUCCUUUUACUGAUAUCAUCAUUAGAUUUUCGAUUUCCUUGAUGAUUUCCAUUUACGGAACUGCUCAGAUCCGCUGAUCUACGAGAAUUUGAUCUGUUUUUUCUUUUCUUUUUUUACUGCAAUCAUCAGUAUUCACUGGUUUGAUUAAUUUUUUCUUCAAUUUCUGGCACUAUCUCCUCUUGUUCAGAUCUGAUUCUGAGUAGCAGCUGAUGUUGGAAAUCAGUCGUUGUUUCUGUACGAUGAUUGUUUAGAUCUGAUAUUUGAUGCAGAUGAGGUGGUUUUAGCUUCACUUGCUUGUGAAGAAGAAGAAGAUGAACUACUUCCCCUAUGAGGUUUUGGAGCACGUAUUUGAUUUUGUGACCUCGCAUCGAGACCGGAACGCUGUGUCUCUGGUUUGCAAGUUGUGGUACAAGAUCGAGAGGUGCAGUAGGGAGCGGGUGUUCAUUGGGAACUGUUAUGCGAUUAGUCCGGAGAGGGUGAUCGAGAGGUUUCCAGGUCUCAAGUCGUUGACCUUGAAGGGGAAGCCGCAUUUCGCCGACUUCAACUUGGUGCCACUCGAUUGGGGUGGAUUAGUAUAUCCAUGGAUCGAGGCCCUGGUGCGUAGUCGGGUCGGGCUGGAGGAGCUGAGGCUCAAGAGGAUGGUGGUCUCUAACGAGAGCCUCGAGCUGCUCGCUCGUUCGUUUCCAAAUUUCAAGUCUUUGGUCCUUGUCAGCUGUGAAGGGUUCACCACCCGUGGUCUUGCAGCUGUGGCUAGAAAUUGCAGGUUCCUUAGGGAGCUGGACCUGCAAGAAAGUGAAGUGGAGGACUACAGUGGCCAUUGGAUUAGUUGCUUCCCGGACAGCUGCUCUUCUCUUGUCUCAUUGAAUUUUGCGUGCCUCAAGGGAGAGAUCUAUUUAGCUGCUCUUGAGAGGCUUGUUGCAAGAUCACCGAACCUCAAGAGUUUGAGGUUAAAUCGUGCUGUUCCCACCCACUCUCUACAGCGGAUAUUAAUGCAAGCUCCACAACUGGUAGAAUUGGGUAUUGGAUCUUAUUUACCUGAUAGUCAUUUGGAGACCUUUGAUAAAUUGAAAACCGCGAUACUAAAGUGUCAUUCCAUUAGGAGUUUGUCUGGUAUUUUGGAAGUUUCUCCUUACUACUGCCUGACAGCUAUUCACCCAAUUUGCCCCAACCUGACCUCCCUGAACCUGAGUUAUGCUCCUGGAGUACGUGGUGUUGAGUUCAUUGGCCUGAUUCGCCGCUGCAGUAAACUUCAACGCUUAUGGAUACUGGAUUGUAUUGGAGACAAGGGACUAGGAGUUGUGGCUUCUACUUGUAAAGAAUUGCAGGAAUUGAGGGUUUUCCCAUCCGAUCCUUUUGUUGGGAAAUCUGUGACAGAGGAAGGUCUUGUUGCCAUAUCCAUUGGCUGCCCUAUGCUUAAUUCAUUGCUAUACUUCUGCCAGCAGAUGACCAAUGCAGCCCUCAUAACAGUAUCCAAGAACUGCCCUAAUUUCACCCGCUUCAGGCUGUGCAUCCUUGAGCCGAAUAAACCGGACGCUGUCACCAUGCAGCCACUGGAUGAAGGUUUUGGGGCUAUUGUUCAUGCAUGCAAGGGUCUCCGGAGGCUGUCCCUCUCGGGCCUUCUAACCGACCAAGUUUUCCUCUACAUUGGAAUGUAUGGUGAGCAGCUUGAGAUGCUGUCCAUAGCAUUUGCCGGAGACAGCGACAAGGGAAUGCAGUAUGUAUUAAAUGGAUGUAAGAAACUCCGGAAGUUAGAGAUCAUGGACAGUCCCUUUGGUAACAAAGCACUUCUAACGGACAUGGGAAAGUAUGAAACAAUGCGAUCCCUUUGGAUGUCAUCCUGCGAUGUUACCAUUGGAGGCUGCAAGACCCUUGCAAAGAUGAUGCCCAGGCUGAACGUGGAGAUCAUUGAUGAAGAUGAUCAGAUGGAAUCUUGUGAUGAUGAUAGUCAGAAAGUAGAGAGGAUGUACCUGUACCGUACAUUGGUCGGGCCCAGGAAAGAUGCACCAGACUUUGUGCGGACUGUAGGUGCAUCCUAGGUGAUUGAUUCUUAUGGUUUUUCCUAGCUGUUUGCGAUUUAGUGUUGUAUGCUACGUAUUAAAUUUACCAGAGAUUUGCCAGAUGUAACUUUAUAUAAGUGUUGGCCUUUAUCUUUAAGGAUAAAACAUGGCAAA